UAUGUAUUUCACGCUCCCUACCCCCGUGAUUUUUCUAUCCUGCGAACUAUUUUUCAUAGAAGCGCAGUCGCAUUUUCCCCAUACAUUCACUUUCUCCCGUCUUUCCUAGUGGAAACAGUUCCGCUAUCUGGAGUUCGGCUAAGUUAUUCCGAAAUUUAGGGGUGAAAUCCGGAUUGUAGCGGCGCGCUACUCCCGCUAUUUCCGCACUGCUAUUUUGUUAUUCUGGUGCGGUAAAUUUAACCCCUCUUACGAGAAACCCGCUUAACGGAACUUUAAUAAUUUGUAUUUUGUAUUACCGUGUUACUUCGCCAAAUGUGGUGCGACUUAUGGUUCAAUGGGGCUGUUUCCGUCGUUGUUUUUGUUGGGUUUUGCUUUGAAGAUACUCUAUCACUACGAGAUGUUAGGCUAAGAGUUCCUCGGGCAGUUAUUAAAGGAAAAGAUGCAGAAUUGCUAUGUGAUUUUGACCUGGAGGGAGAAAAGCUAUAUUCUGUUAAAUGGUAUCGAGAGACCUAUGAAUUUUUCCGAUACACACCAGACGACCACGACCCGAUAAAAACUUUUCCUCUUAAAGACAUCAACGUGCGAUUACACGAGUCCAGUAAAAAUAAAAUUGUUUUAGCUGACGUGCAGAGGGAUAUAAGUGGAAAGUUCAGUUGCGAGAUAACGACUGAAAUGCCAAGCUUUUUUACUGUGGUGGAAACAGCAUACAUGCAGGUAGUAGAAAUACCAACUUCAGAACCAUAUAUAAAUGGAUUUAAAAAACGCUACUACAUGGAUGAAGAAGUGUUUCAAGCCAACUGCACAUCAGAAUAUUCUUAUCCUGGUGCUAAUAUUACGUGGUACAUUAACGGAUUUCCAGUAAGAGGUCCGCAAGUCAUGACGAGAAGUUAUAUUGUUGGCCACCAUCUCUCAGUUGUGUCAACUAUCCGACAUCGCAUUCUCAAGAAAAUUUUUCCUAAUAAUAAAAUGAAGCUGAGAUGUUCAGUGAGUCUUUAUGACGUGUACCAGUAUAGUACGGAAAUUAGCUUAGAGCUUGGUAAAAGGUCCAAAAACAAGCAUCCUGAUUGGCCGCCAACCACAAAGGCUCCUCCACCAAGUCCUGAAGAGGAAUUCGGAGAAAACGAAAUAAGUCAAAAUUCCUUUGAAUCUCCAGAUAGUGGAACAAUUUUAUGGUUCUUUACUCCUUCAAAAGCUCAGUCGAUUUCGAGUUGGACACUAUUAAUAUUUUGUGCUUUAGUAAUCCAUUAUUAUAGGAUAUUAAGUUGAUUUUGUCUAGUUGGGUAUAUUAUCGUUGCAAUGUUGUGAUAAUAAAUAUUUAAUAAAUUAAAAUUGCUAAAUUAUUAUUAUAAAUCAAUUGUGCAUUAAUAUUGUGAAAAAAUGUAAAGUUAAAAAUGCAAUGU